GACUGUAGAUGAACACGUUGAAGCCGCUGUUGCACGUCGUCAGCCAGACCAUUAUGAAAUGAAGCCAGGCCGGGAUAGAUACUUUGACGUAACCUGAGAGGGCACGGGACACCAUGGCCGGGGUGUAGCAUCCAGCGAAUGUUCACUACCAAAUAUGCCAGCCCCCUCCUCUCUGCGCAAGAACUCCUGGAUGUGCAGACGGCCACCCAGACCUACGAGAACAUGACGGUCAAGGCGCGGUCCACCACCCGCGAGGUCGUGGCGACCUACUCCAUGCAGGAUCUGACCAUGGACUUGACGGUCCGCAUUCCGGCCAAUCACCCGCUGGGGAUUAUCGCCGUGGACAGCGAGAAGAAGGUCGGGGUGGGAACGACCCAGUGGCGAAACUGGACACUACAGCUGACCACGUUCCUGCGAAAUCAGAAUGGCAGCAUUAUGGAUGGCCUGACGCUGUGGAAGCGCAACGUGGACAAGCGCUUUGAGGGCGUCGACGACUGCAUGAUCUGUUUCUCAGUCAUCCACGGCUCCAACUGCUCGCUGCCCAAGCUGCAGUGCAAGACCUGCAAGAAACGCUACCACUCGGCCUGCCUGUACAAGUGGUUCAACACCAGCAAUCAGUCUACUUGCCCUCUCUGUCGCAGCCCUUUCUAGAGUCCCCUGUGCCCAAGGCAGGCAUCUUGCUCCUAAAAGACCUUGGGUUCUAUCUUUUGGAUUCUGUUGGGUUUAGCCAGGUGCCUCAAGCAGUUUAGUGGCUUUUCCAAAAAAAGUGUUUUCCCCUAUUAAAGCUAUGUUUGUACUUAACCCUAACCCCCUAAGAGGUGUGCAAAAUCAUGUUGGGGAUAGCUAUAGGAAUAAACAACUUUUGCUGUAAUUUCAAGAAUUGGAUGGAUUUGGGAGUUAGUAUUUUAUAGCAAAUGUUGAUACACUGACCUGUUUACAGUUUCGUGUUCAUAAAUGCUGUUCUUGUAGUCUGGUUACCUGACCCUACGGCAGUUUUUUUUCUAACGAUUGUCAGCCAACCAUCGUUGGAAAUUGAUACAAAAAUUCCACUUUUCUUGAAAAUGACAGCACACCAGG